UUGGUGGCUGGUCUUGGUUGGGGGCCGUCCCGCAUCUAGGGCAGGAAGAUGGUGGCCGCAAAGAAGACGAAAAAGUCGCUGGAGUCGAUCAACUCAAGGCUCCAGCUUGUUAUGAAAAGUGGAAAGUAUGUGCUGGGGUACAAGCAGACUUUGAAGACGAUCAGACAAGGCAAAGCGAAAUUGGUCAUCCUCACCAACAACUGCCCAGCUUUGAGGAAAUCUGAAAUAGAGUAUUAUGCCAUGUUAGCCAAAACUGGUGUUCAUCAUUACAGUGGCAAUAAUAUUGAAUUGGGCACAGUAUGUGGAAAAUACUACAGUGUAUGCACACUGGCCAUCAUUGAUCCAGGUGACUCUGAUAUCAUUAGAAGCAUGCCAGAACAGACUGGUGAAAAGUAAAUCAUGUACAUUUUUUCUUUAAUAAAACUUGCUAGAGCUUGU